AUGGCUAAUGAUCUGUGGAUGCAGCUCUUCCUUAGUGCAGAAGCUGGUUUUCUCUCUGAGGGUUUGUUUGAUCAUUUUCCUAUGGUGUUAUCUGUGUAUCCAUGUAAUAACACUGCAAGGAAACCUUUUAGAUACUUUGACAUGUGGAAGCAUGCUGAUGGCUACACUGAGUUGGUUAAAUCUAAUUGGCAUAAGCCUGAUGUGGGUACUUCAAUGUAUCAGGUGGUAAUGAAGAUAAGAAGAAUGAAGGGGGUGUUCAAGCAAUUGAACAAAGAUGGAUUCUAUGAUAUCCAAGCAGCUAAUUUGAAAGCAUUGCAUGAACUGGCUCAGUGCCAGAGAGAGUUGCAUAUGAAUCCAAAUGAUAGUGAUAUUGUUGAUAAGGAAACUGCAGCUGCAAAUCAAUACAGGAUUGUGCAUUCUGUGUACCUAUCUUUUUUGAGACAAAAAUCUAAAGAGGCAUGGGCCAAGGGGGGUGAUGAGAAUAGUGCUAUCUUCCACAAGAGUAUUAGGGCUAGAGUUCUUCAAAAUUCUGUUUAUGCCAUUCAUGACAUGGAGGGGAACUGGGUGUGUGAUGAGCAGUCCGUGGCUAAUGCCUUCUUGCAGUACUAUCAGAAACUCUUGGGGUCCAAUACAGCUCAUAGAAGCUGCAUUAUGCCUGAGAUUGUUGCUGCUGGACCUAUUUUGAAUACUGUACAAGGUCAAUGUUUGACUACACAAGUCACUGGUGAUGAGGUGAAGGCUGCUAUGUUUGCCAUUAAUGGGGACAAAGCACCUGGACUGAUGGUUUUGGGAGCCACUUCUUUAAGGAGAAUUGGCACAUUGUGGGUGGGGAUAGAUAAACUCUACAACCAUUACCUUGAUCCCAAAGACCAAGUGUCCUACUAG